ACCACCAACACCACUGCCACCUCGACUGUUGCUCCAACCUCAUCUACCACCACCACCACUACUCCAGCUGCCACAGAACCACCCACCACCACCAUCGCCACCGUCACACCCAUUACUGUUACUACCAUCUCCACCAACACUGCCCGUAUGGAUAAUGUCACCACCACAAGUACAUCCACUGCAAUCACCACUCCAUCUUCCACCACCACGACCACCACCACCAACAACAACAAUCCAUUCACCACUAUUAGUAUGCCCAUCACUUCUACAACCACAAUCUCGUCACAUAUUCCUACUACUACUACUGCCACUACUACCACAAUUAAUGAAUCUCUACCUGUUACUUCCUUAACUGAUUCUGCUUCCUUGAGACGUGAAACUACCACUACUACAAACAUUACUGAUUCAACUAGUGGUGAGCCAAUCGAAACAACGACUACUACAACUAUUACUUCACUAAACAGCACUACUUCUUUCUCUACCACAACUGCUACUACUGCUGAUACCACCACGCCACUAACUGAAACUGCAUCACCUAACACCACCAAUACCACCACAACAAUUGGUAUUACGACUGACAAUACAACACCGUUCUCUACCACGAUUACUAAUAUCACGACUACACCAUUUAAUAUCACUAACACCACACCCACGACCACCACACAAGCUUCUACCACGAUUCCAUUGCUCCACACCCAUUUCACUAUCACACCAACCACUACUAACACCAUUAACACCACCGUCACUCCAUCAACAACCUCUGAAUUAAUCUACAACACCACCAUCAUGCAAACCAACAUUCUCACCACAAACACCACACCAACCACUAUCACCAGUACUCCUAUCAUCACAUCUACGACUGAUACUACCACCACCACCUCCACCACCACACCUACUACUAAUACCAUACCAACCACUAGUCCUUCCAUUAUCACUACCAGCCCUGCACCUACUACUACCACUACUACUCCUACUACAACCACCACUGCUGCUACUACUACUUCCACUACCACCACAACUGAACCCAACUUCCACGCUGAAACCACAAGAAACACGAAAGAAGAGAGCGUAGAGACGAGAGAUGAGUAUGAGGGAGGAUGGGAAGAUACGAGAGGUGAUGACUCCACGAAAUUUGUCGAUGACCACUACUUAAGAAGACGCAGAAGAGCUGACAAUGUAGACGAGAAAGAGAAGAUGUUAAAAGGACAGGGAACGGACUCAAGACGGAAUGAGAACACGGCAACAUUGAACUACCGCAAUGCUAAGUCUUACAAACGCGACUUGAGAUACAGACGAGCUAGCGAGACGGAAAAGGGAAAGUUUGAGAAGAGACAGGGAGAGGAUUCGAGACGGAAUGACAACACAGCGAAGGUAAUCACUGCGAAGACCUACGAACAUUACUUGAGGAGAUACAAACGGACUGAUGAUGCAGAAAAGGAGAAAAAGAAGAAGAGAGUACUUGAGGAAAGACAGCGAGAGAAUUCAAGACGCAAUGAGAAGAGGAUGAAGACUAACUAUUUUCGAAGAACACAACGAACAAGUGAUGAAGAAGGGAAAGAGAAGGAUGAACGAGCAUUUGAAGAACGCUUAGAAAAUUCAACACCCAACAACAACACAAAGUCUAGAAACCGAAUGGCGACGACGAAAAAACACUAUAUCAGAAAACGCAGAGAAAUCGAGGAUGAAGAAGACACAGAAGAGGAAGAAAACGGAGAAACAGAAAACGAACUAGCCACAUCUUUCAACACAACAUGGUGGCAGCGACUCGGCACUUGUCUAACUUCCGUGCAAAUUAUUCUAAUGGAAGUGGAUGUGACUGUGACCCAUGAAGUCCACGUGGCCAGCCUGUGGAACGUUGCAGAGGCCUUGGACGCGUUAGUGGAGGAGGGCGCUGCGUUGAGAGUACUUGAAGGGGAUGUUAUGAGCGUUGAAUUGCGAGAGGCGACGGAAAAUGUGAAUCAGCUUAGAGAGAAUCUGGUGAACGUGACGCAGGUUGUGGAGACUGCCAUCUCUAGUGCCAAGGCGUGGCAGGCGGCGAUGCUGUCCGGCGUGUGUGGGGUGCUGGGCGUGUGUGUGGUGGUGAUGGUGGUGGCCCUCGCAGCGCGCAGACCAUGCAGGCGGCGAGGUAUUCUGCACAUCAAUCCCAAGGGAAACAGGUAUCCAAGCCGCAGCAAGACUCCCACACACGUCUACCUGGACAAUACCUCGCCCGUUUCCACCAAGUCCUUCGUCACGCACGCCUGGAGGACCCUACGCCGCCAUCGCCACCACCUCCACCACCACCGUGACAGCCGCCGUCCGAUGAUCCCUCUGGAGUUUCUCUCGCACCAAUCUGAGGCUGCCGGAAGUACUGGCUGACGGAGGCGCUGUAGAAGAUGCUGACUGAAUUACGUGCUCAUCUGUCUAUUUGUUUGUCUGUUAGUCUGUUAGUGGUUCUGUGUUUGAAUUAUCUGGUGGUUUGUGAAGUGUAGUAGUAAUAGUAGUGGUAGUAGUAGUAAUAGUGGUUGUAGUUGUUGUUGUUGUAGCGAUGGACCAUGAUUCAGGUUUCUGUACACCCUUUAAUAGGUUCUGAGUGCAAAUUUCCAUGGGAUUUUCUUAAUGGACGAUAUAUUCUUUAGCGGAAACUCACCACACACACACUGUAGCGUCAGUAAAGCAGGAUGUAGAACUGGGAGGAAACUUGUACUUAAUUUUAUCGUAAUGGUUCACUUCCUAUAGCGUCAGACAGGAGGAAUAAUUACACUAUUACAAUAAACAAGCUGUAAACA